CCGCAGCAGAAUGUGACCAGAACGGAGCCUUGACAGCCACGGCAGAUCAUUGAUUUAGGAGCCGGAUUUUCGCUGGUGUGACCAAGAAUUGAUUCCUAUUGGGUAAUGCAAACCCGAUAUGAUGUUAUGCCCCAGGAUCUCACUGCUCAAGGAGUAAGCAGUGUUAUACAGGUUAUAUAGCAUCCGGCUUCUGUCUUUCUGGCCCUUAGAGUUUUACUUCAUAUGGUUUCAUGACCUAAGUGCUUCUAUACAAAGUCUUCAAUUCGUCGACUAGGCUAUUCCGCCGAUCAUGGCUUCUGUCGGAAUAUUCAGUACCGGUAUUCUGUUCGCCACGGCACUAGUAGUUGUUGUGACGACGAUCUACCUCUUCUUUCACAAAAAGCAACUACCCCUCCCACCGGGACCCCGAGGUAUUCCCCUGCUCGGGAAUGUUUUAGAUCUUCCUCCCAAAGGCGGACGUGACUGUGAGCAUUGGUUGAAAUUCAAGGAUACUUACGGCCCCAUUAGCUCUAUCACAGUACUAGGGACGACUUUUGUGAUCUUGCACUCGCCCGAACUGACGUCCGAACUUUUGGAGAAUCGGUCUUCAAAAUAUUCAUCACGGCCAAGUUUGAUUUUCGCUGAGGCCAACGGCUGGUCUGAUGCUUUAACUCUUAUGAAGUACGAUAAAGCCUACCGCCGGCGCCGCAAAAUCACACAUACGCUUGUCGGUACUAAAAUGAAUGUCGCCCCAUAUCUACCCCUGCAAGAUGUAGAAGUCCACCGAUUUUUAUUUCGUACUCUACAAGAGCCAGAGCGAUUUCUUGAACACAUAAAGACUGAAGCGGCUGCUUUCAUUCUCAAACUCAUAUACGGAUACACGGUAGAACCUCACAAGCCAGAUCCAUUGGUUGAACUCGUAGACGAGGCCAUGACACACUUCUCUGCCACUGUAGUUCCCGGAGCAUGGCUAGUAGAUUCUAUUCCAGCUUUGAGAUAUAUCCCGGAGUGGAUGCUGGGUGGCGGAUGGAAAAAGACAGCCAGAGCCUGGCGCGCCGUACUAAGGGAAACAGUAGAAAAGCCACUACAGUUCGCUCGGCAGCAUAUAACAAGUGAUGACCAAAACCGGUCUUUUGUCAGGGAUUUCUACGAUGAAAAGGGGGCUGGCAUUACCUCACGUGACCAAGAGGACUUCAAGUGGGCAGCUACGACUUUAUACGGGGGUGGCGCGGAUACGACUGUAAACACGAUUUCGGCCUUUUUCCUGGCCAUGAUACUGUUUCCUGACGUUCAGCGAAAAGCUCAAGAUGAGAUCGAUCGAGUUGUUGGCACCCACCGUCUCCCUACUUUUGAUGAUCGAAAGAGUCUUCCCUACAUAGAAGCUCUGUUAACAGAGGCCUGGCGUUGGCAUUCCGUGGGACCCCUAGGCGUACCGCACGCUUCAUCUGCAGAAGAUAUCGUCAAUGGGUAUCGCAUUCCAAAAGGAUCGAUAAUAGUGUCUAAUAUUUGGUGGUAUACACAUGACCCUUCAGUCUACACCGAUCCCUAUAUAUUCAACCCAGAGAGAUUCAUGGGCCCAAACCCGCAAUCGGAUCCGGUACCCUACACCUUCGGUUACGGGCGUCGAAUUUGUCCUGGUCGAUUCAUUGCAGAUUCAUCCGUAUGGCUAACGAUUGUACGGUCCUUGGCGGUGUUUAAUAUAAGCAAGGGCUUAGACGAGAAUGGUCGUGAGACUGAGCCUAACGUUCAAUUCUUACCUGGUCUCAUUAGUCGCCCAGCGGACUUUAAGGCUACAAUAAAACCUAGAAGUCCCGAACACGAAGCUUUGAUUCGCCAACUUGAAGAGCUUCAUCCAUGGGAAGAGAGUAAUGCUGCUGAGAUUCGAGAAAUGAAGAUUCAGACAAUUUCAAGCUGGUAGUGAUGGUUUUGGAACUCUAUGAACAACCAACAAGGCGGUUCACUGGACGAUAGACCAGCGUAAUUGGGAUCAUUAACAGUAUGAGGACAAGGCCUAGAUUUAUGAGAGCUAACAGAAUGGUUGGAAUUAGAAGUAUGUUACAAUACUGAUAUUAGUAUGAACUACUCGCCCACAACUCAGAGUUACCGCCUUAGCUAUAUACACUUAAACAUAAGCAGUCGCUUAGACAUCAGUACUGAGCUCCAAGAUCCUUGAGGUCUGUAUAAAUGAUAGCCUAUGAUACUCAGAGGCAUGAGAAGAUUCAAGACAUGUACAACCCCCACGGUCACACAUAAAAGAC